AUGACGUCACAAGCGGCGGGGGUGGACACGCCCCCUCAGGGCUCCGCCCUCUCUGGCGGGUUGGCCACGCCCAUUUCCGGGUGUGGGCGUGGCCGGUCCCGCCGUGCCCCCGCGCCCAGGGCGCCCCCCAGCGGCUCCGGGCGCCACCGCAGCCGGGCCCGGGGGGACCCCGCACCGGAACGGGGGAGGGGGGGGCACACACGGGACCCCUCCCCACCCCGUUACCGGGCCCGCUCCCACCCCCCGCCGGCCCCGCCGCCUCUCCGGGCUCCGCUCACGGUGUCCCCUGAGGCCACCGGGGCUGCUGCGCCUCCUCCCAGCCCGGUGCGGGGGGGGUCCCGCUCCCCUUCCCCAUCCCCGGCCGCCUCCCGUUCCCCAUCCCCGGGGGGGUCCCGCUCUCCUUCCCCCCCAUCCCCGGGGGGCUCCCGCUCCCCAUCGCCCCCGGGGGGUUGGGAGCCGGCCCGGGCAGCGUUCGGGGAGCUGCGGCUGGAGGAGGUGAUCGGGGCCGGGGGCUUCGGCCGCGUGUUCCGGGGCACGUGGCGGGGCCAGGUGGUGGCGGUGAAGGCGGCGCGGGGGGACGCGGGGGCGGCGGGGGCCGCCAGCCUGCGGAGGGAGGCGCGGCUCUACGCCCGCCUGCGACACCCCAACGUGGUGGCACUGCGGGCCGUGUGCCUGGAGCCCCCACACCUGUGCCUGGUGAUGGAGUUUGCGGCGGGGGGGCCGCUCUCCAGAGCCCUGGCCGGCCGAAGGGUCCCCCCCGCCGUCCUGCUGGACUGGGCUCGCCAAGUGGCGAGGGGGAUGCGGUACCUGCACUCCGGGACCCCCGUGCCCCUCAUCCACCGCGACCUCAAGUCCAGUAAUGUGCUGCUGGCACAGCCCGUGGUGGGGGACGAUGUGAGCGGGAAAACGCUGAAAAUCACGGAUUUCGGGCUGGCCCGGGAGUGGCAGCGAACCACCAAGAUGAGCGCGGCCGGCACCUACGCCUGGAUGGCCCCCGAGGUCAUCCGAGCUUCCACCUUCUCCAAGGGCAGCGACGUCUGGAGUUACGGGGUGCUGCUGUGGGAGCUGCUGACCGGGGAGGUUCCGUACCGGGGCAUCGACGGCCUGGCCGUGGCUUACGGGGUGGCCGUGAACAAACUGACCCUGCCCAUCCCGUCCACCUGCCCGCCGCCCUUCGCCCAGCUCAUGGCAGCCUGCUGGGAGCAGGACCCCCACCGGCGGCCGGGCUUUGGGACCAUCCUGCGGCGCCUGGGGGGGCUGGAGCCGGCGGGGCUGGGGCCCCCCGAGUCCUUCCACUCCCUGCAGGAGUCCUGGCGCCGAGAGAUCCAGGGGCUGUUCGACGAGCUGAGGGCGCGGGAGAAGGAGCUGCGCAGCCGGGAGGAGGCCGUGGCCAGAGCCUCCCGAGCCCAGCGCUCCCAGGCCGAGGCUCUGCGGCAGCGCGAAGCCGCCGUGGCCCGCAGGGAGCUGGAGGUGCUGGAGAGGGAGCUCAGCCUCCUGCUCCGGGGACCCCCCCGACCGCCCCCGGCCCCCAAGAGACGCCGACCCCCCUUCCGGAGGCCACGGAAGCCAGCGGAUCUCAUUGGGAUGCCCCAGGAUUUCAAGCACCGCCUGACGGUCCAGGCAUCACCCGGGGGGGACCCCCGGAGCCACGACCCCGAGGAUGGCCCGGGGGAAUCCCCCCCCUUCCCCCGCCUGCGCGCCAUCCAGCGUGAGCGGCGCCUGCGGCCGGACGAGACCACCUGGUACCUGGACACGGACGAGCUCAGCCCGGGGGACGCGUCCCCCAACGGCGAGGCCGGGCCCCCGGAGGCCGAGGAGGGUCGGGGGUCUCGGGGAGGGACCCCCCGGCUGCUGCGGCGGGCGCUGCUGAAGGGCUCGGCCCUUCUGGCGUCGCUGGGGCUGGGCCGGGACCUGGCCCCCCCCGAGUCCCCCCGGAGCCCCCCGCCCUCCCCCGGCCUCCUGCGCCUCUCCCCGCGCCGCUGGGAGCGCACCCUGGGGUCCCCAGAGUCACCCGGGACCCCCGAGAUGGGUCGUGCCUGGACCCCCGGGACCCCUGAGCCGAGCCAAGCCCGGACCCCCGGAUCUCCCGAUCCCAGCGGAGUCCGGACCCCCGGGACCCCCAGGACCCCCGGGACCCCCGAGCAGGGGCGAGCCCAGACCCCCGGGUCCCCAGAUCCGAGCGGAGUCCGGACCCCCGGGACCCCCAGGAUCCCCGGGACCCCCGAGCAGGGGCGAGCCCGGACCCCCAAGACCCUGGAGCUGAAUUGGUCCUGGACCCCCGAGCAAGGGGGAGCCAGGACCCCCGGGACCCCCGGGACCCCCGAGCAGGGCCGAGCCCGGACCCCCGGGACCCCCGGGACCCCUGAGCCACGUCGUGCCCGGACCCCCGGGACCCCCGAGCUGGGGCUGCAGCCUUCGCCCCGGGGGGCGCGGAGACCCCGAGAGCUGAGCCCAGCUGGGACCCCCGAGUGGGGUAAGAGGGACUGGGGCUGA